UUUACAUGUAGAUAAAGCGCCUGAAUGAGUUAAGCCGUUGCAAUGAGAUUACGACCGUUUCUUUCGAAUAUUUUUGUCAAGCGUUGUGUGAAUAUCACUUCUCCUUGUCAUACAUGUACAGCUUUUAAACCGAUUUGUUUUUCAGACCAUGGUUCUUAUUUCGCCUCUAGGAUAUCUUUACGACAUCUGCACUUCAGUCCCUAUAUUUUUGCUAUACGUGUAGUUAAUGUACCUCCAUUCGCCGAAUCUGUCACAGAAGGGGAUAUUGUAUGGAAAAAGGCCGUCGGUGAUACAGUAAAUGUAGACGAUUUGGUUGCGGAAAUCGAGACUGACAAAACUAAUGUCCCUGUCCCAGCCCCAUGUUCAGGUGUGAUAACACAAUUUCUUGUUGAAGAUGGGGGAAAAGUUACUGCAGGUCAAGAUAUUUUUAAAAUGGAGGAGGGUGCUGUUCCAACUUCCACGGUUUCUGAAAAGCUACCCCAAGAGACUGCAAAAAAGCAGCCUGAAGAGAGGCCUCUCGUCUCACCUCGAGCUCCUUCACCAGUUACUCCACCUCCAGAAAUAGCUCAAAGUCUUGCAACAACUUCAUCCUUAUCCCCAUCUCUUGAUAGUGCACGUGCAGAACAGCGUGUAAAGAUGAGCCGUAUGAGGCUUCGGAUCGCCCAACGUCUAAAAGAUGCCCAGAAUACGUGUGCAAUGUUAAGCACAUUUAAUGAGAUUGAUAUGUCAAAUCUUUUCGAACUUAGAAGGCAGUAUAAAGAUAUCUUCUUAAAAAAUCAUGGUGUGAAGUUAGGAAUGAUGUCUACGUUUGCUAAAGCUUCUGCAGUUGCUCUUAUGGAUCAACCAGCCGUCAAUGCUGUCAUUGAUGGCCCGGACAUUAUAUAUAGAGAUUAUGUUGAUAUUAGUAUUGCAGUGGCAACCCCUAAGGGUCUUGUUGUUCCUGUGUUGCGCAAUGUUGAGAAAAUGAAUUAUGCUGAUAUUGAACGUGGUAUCAAUGAUUUAGGUGUGAAGGCCCGUGACGGAAAACUGGCUGUUGAAGAUAUGGAUGGAGGGACGUUUACAAUUAGCAACGGUGGUGUGUUUGGCUCAUUAUUUGGUACCCCUAUAAUCAAUCCACCCCAAUCUGCAAUCUUAGGUUUGUAUGGCGUAUUUGAUCGACCGGUUGCACGAAAUGGACAAGUUGUCAUCCGUCCAAUGAUGUAUGUUGCCCUAACUUAUGAUCAUCGUUUGAUCGACGGUCGUGAAGCAGUAACGUUUUUACGUAAAAUCAAGGAAUUUGUUGAGGAUCCACGAACAUACUUUCUUCAGAUUUAAACAAUAUGCUUUUUAUGAAAAGUAUUUCAAGUACAUUGUUAAUUUUCAAGUUUUAAAAUUUAUUCAAGUUUUCUUUUCAUCUAGCGUUCUAAAAUGCAAGUAGUAACAAUUACAAACCUUUUAGUUUUUGUAUACAUAUAUAUACAAGUAUUCGUAUAGUACUUUCAUAACUUUCAUAUUUCAGUUGUUCAUGAACAGAGUAUGUAUUAUUUGUUCUUAGUUUAUGGAAGAAUAAUCUGUUUCUUAGAGUUUCUGCAAGGUAUUUGUAUAUUUUAUUCUCAAUAAUUAUUUCUGACCCAUUUUUAUGCGCCAGACUCUGUAAUUCUUAAUCGUAUACUUAUAUAUUUAAGUAUAUAUUAUUAGUUCAUCCUUAAUUAAUUUGUCCUUGUAAUGAUUUUAUAGAGUUAUUAAAAUGCAGUAAUCUGGUUGACAGU